AGCCGAUGAGCGAGGGGGCAGGGGGAAGCUGAGUCAGGAAGAAUCUCUUUACGUAAGGAGGGGGAGGACAUAUCUUCCGAGGGAAGGCAGAUCAUGGCAGACAUGGAAGCAGAGGUCCCGGGAGGGGAGCUCCGCCCGACACUGCCGACAAGUUUUUGGGCAAUGGAGGGGCAGGCGAGGGAAUCCAUUGGACAAAGCUAUGACGAGGGAGUGAUGCAAAUCAACCCGAAUUUUGGAAAGGUGGUGAUUGACGCGAAGGGGAAGAGAUUCAAAGUGAACGAGUCGUUGGAUGAGAUCAAGGAGAGGUGGUUAAAGGAGAGAACGGUCAUCGUAGUCUUUCAGGAUGAAUCUCGGAAUCUGACGAGAGGGGUUAAAGAAGAUCUGAUCAGGGCAUACGAGGAUGGGUGGAUGGCGAGAAGACUAUUUAAUCCAGAAGUAAGAAGGGGAAGGAUCACCUUUGAAGGUGCAAACGUAAUCUCUUACGUGGCAAAGGCACCUGAAGUAGCAGCGUGGAUGGUACGGAUAGCAGCGACGAACCUGAAUCUGAGAGGAGCGGAUUACCCGGUUACUUUUAAAUCCUGGAUGACAAAAUCAGAUCUGAAGGAAUUAAGAUUAAAGGAGGCUGAAACCAACUUCUGGAUCGUGGCACUCAGAGUGCCGUUGGAAGCAUUCUAUUAUCUGCCAUCAGCAGUGGAGGGGUUGAUUGGAGGGGUUAAAAAUAUGCACCCUCCAGAAGCAGAUCGCACGAGGCCAAAGUUGAUGAAUGUCAAGUUUGACAUGGACCCGCAAGCGAGGUUCCGAGUGGAUCACACCUUGGCAGUAGAAUCACCGAAACGGGAGAUCUGGAAAAUGGACGUGGCCACUCCUUGUAUAGAUUGGUGUAGGCGUUGCCGAUGGUACUUCCAUACGAAAGAUAUCUGCCCCAGGUCCUCACAGGGGGAAAGGACGGCGAGACAGUGGACGAACUCCCGUUUACCACGUCAGAACAGACCCCCCUCGAGACAGGAGGGAUUGACAGGGCAUGGUAAUCAUUCACAGGGGCAGGAGGGAAGACAGGCUCAACCAGAGGGAGAGCAACGGGGAGUUGAGAGAAGACAACAGGAGGCAGGACAGAUACGAGCACCAAGAGCUGCCUUGAGGGGCCUCACCGGAUCAGGCAAGGGUUCGCAGAGUGUACCAGCUGAGUAUCGAGCUUAACACUAACUCAAUAAUAGUCUGUUCUCGAGAUGGUGCACUAUCGCCCUCAGAGCGACAGUGUACACGAGCAUCCCCGAGUG